AGCCAUUUUAUUAUUGUAACAGCAGAGCUGCAGGUGCAUCAGUACAUAUUUUUAAAUACAGCCACAGUUUUCGUUUCAGAGCUCACGGCACCAUGGGCCAGUGUGGAAUUACGUCAUCCAAAACCGUCCUGGUUUUUCUCAAUCUCAUAUUUUGGGCCGCAGCUGGGAUUUUAUGCUACAUCGGAGCCUACGUGUUCAUCACAUAUGACGACUAUGACCACUUCUUCGAAGACGUGUACACUCUGAUCCCUGCUGUCAUAAUAAUAGCAGUCGGGACUCUUCUCUUCAUCAUCGGCUUGAUCGGCUGCUGCGCAACAAUACGUGAAAGCUCCUGUGGUCUGGUGACUUUUGCUGCCAUCCUCCUGCUGGUGUUUGCAACAGAGUGUGUGGUGGUGGUGCUUGGCUACAUAUACAGGGCAAAGGUAGAAGAUGAAGUGAAUCACUCCAUCCAGAAGGUUUACAACGAAUACAACGGCACCAACACUGAUGCUCCCAGCCGGGCUAUAGACUAUGUGCAGAGGCAGCUGCACUGCUGCGGCAUUCACAACUACUCUGACUGGAGGAACACACGCUGGUUCAAAGAAUCCAAGAACAACAGCGUUCCAGUCAGCUGCUGUCAGCCCAGCAUCAGUAACUGCACUGGCACUCUCACUCGACCAGCAGAUCUCUACCAAGAGGGUUGUGAAGCUCUUGUUGUGAAGAAGUUGAAGGAGAUCAUGAUGUAUGUCAUAUGGGCUGCUCUCACUUUUGCAUCUAUACAGAUGCUGGGCAUGCUCUGUGCCUGUGUGGUGCUGUGCAGGAGGAGUCAUGACCCGGCGUAUGAGCUGCUGGUCACAACCAACAGCUAUGCAUGAAGAACGCAGCUAGCCAAACGAAGCACUCAGAAAAUCAAAAGGAGCGUCACCGGACAUGUCCACAGUAGAUUUCAGCUGUAGUUAUAUAAGCUCAAGCACACCUUGCACAAUUCAUGAUAAAGUAGCCGACACUGAUG